UUCAGCCUGGUCUGAGAGCAGCGGCGCGGCUCCGGGCGCCCGGUCAGGACAUGUGCGAGGGUGAAGCACAGGCUGCAGUCAAGAGCCAGUCUGCCGGCUCAUGUCAAGACAAACCGUCCCGUUCAAACAGCCUACUUUUCGAUUUCUUCCAGUCAACACGCUUAUUGAAAAACGGAGCAACGACAUGAACAUAGACAGUGACUGCGGCAUGUCAGUCAGCUGUGGAAAUGGGAAACUUAGGCAGUGGCUGAUCGAUCAGAUUGACAGCGGGAAGUACCCCGGAUUGGUUUGGGAGAAUGACGAGAAAACCAUUUUCAGGAUCCCCUGGAAGCACGCGGGCAAGCAAGACUACAACCGAGACGAGGAUGCGGCGCUCUUCAAGGCUUGGGCACUUUUCAAGGGGAAGUUCAGAGAGGGAAUCGAUAAGCCUGACCCCCCAACGUGGAAAACUCGACUGCGAUGUGCCUUGAACAAAAGCAACGACUUUGAGGAACUGGUGGAGAGAAGUCAGUUGGACAUUUCCGACCCUUAUAAGGUCUACAGAAUAAUCCCAGAAGGAACAAAGAAAGCAGGAGCAAAGCAGAUCAACAUGGAGGAAGCAAACACACACAUGAACUCUCUGGGCUACCCCAUGCAUCCUCCAUACCCUCCUCUGCAAACCCAGGUGCCCAACUACAUGGUCCCACAUGAUCGCAACUGGAGGGACUAUGUUCAAGAGCAGCCCCACCCUGACAUACCCUAUGGCCAGUGCCCGUAUCCUACACGAAACCUCUCUUGGCAAGGAGCUGCUUGUGAAAAUGGGUACCAGAUAACAGGAUCAUUUUAUGCUUGUUCACCCACUGACUCUCAACCACCCGGGUUUUCACUUGAUCCAAGCAUGAGGUCUGCAGAGGCAGUAGCUCUCACAGAUUGCCGGCUACACAUUUGCUUGUACUACCGAGAGUCCCUUGUCAAGGAAGUGACAACGACGAGUCCCGAGGGCUGCAGGAUAUCCUCCUCCUCGAGCAUCGACGACAAGCUGUACGGCCACAGCAACAUAGAUCAGGUCAUCUUCCCGUACCCCUUCCCCCAGUCCCAGAGGAAAGGCGUGGAGAAGGUGCCCAACGCCCUGGAGAGGGGCGUGCUGCUGUGGAUGGCACCUGACGGGCUCUACGCUAAGAGACUGUGCCAGAGCAGGAUCUUCUGGGAAGGCCCGCUGGCCCCCUACAGCGAUAAGCCCAACAAACUGGAGAAGGACCACACCUGCAAGCUCUUCGAUACACAGCAGUUCCUCGCGGAGCUCCAAGGCUAUGCUCACCAUGGACGCUCGGUGCCCAGGUUCCAGAUUGUGUUGUGUUUUGGGGAUGAAUACCCUGAUCCCCAAAGGCAGAGGAAGAUGAUCACAGCUCAUGUGGAACCCAUGUUCGCCCGACAGCUCUUCUAUUUCGCUCAGCCAAACACCAGCCACUACCUCCGAGGAUACGAGAUCCCAGAUCACGUCUCUUCCCCUGAGGCGUGCCAGAGGGUCAUUCCACACAGCUCCCCACAGGAGUGAGCCCCGCGCCCUCCUGGACCGCUUUUCCUCCGGAGACGAACGCUGUUCCUAGCGCGGCGAACUUUGAAUCCGAGCGACCAGCGAAUCCCGGGAAGGGAUUUCGCUUGUGCCGACGUUGCGAGGCGGGGGGGAGGGGCGGGGGGGGGUGGGAAUGAAAACUGCACAGUUCUGGAGCUGACACAAAACUGACAAAACAGCAGAGCCUUGAGCAUGAAAACUUGUUCCUGUCCCAUGAAUGCAUUAGAGGAGACCUAUCCCUGGACACAUGGGCGAGAGGAGAGACUGUAGGACUUGCCGGCCAUCCCUCUGUUUCAAGCUAGAAAGACUUUUUCUUCAACUAAUCGAGGGAAGUCAGUUAUGGGACACAAUAUCCUCAUGCGUUCUUUGAAUAUUUUCCUAUGUGUUUUUUGAAUAAUGUGUUGUGUAUUGCUGUAUGUUCUUCGGUUGUUUCGAUGUAUCCUCAGGGCCUGGUAAUAUUGGUAUUCUUUAAGCUCGAGAAGCACAUGAUAAUUUGCAGGGACUUGUGAUUAUUUGUAAAAAAAUGUCAGAACCCAUUAGGAUGUCUCUGGCCAUCGUUUGGCCCGUAGUGUUCAAUGGUCUUUUUCAAUCAGUGAUGAAGACAGGACGGUCUUUUGACAAUCUGGAUUUUAUAUAUAUAGGAUAUAUUGUAUAUAGAAUAUUUUGUUUAUGGACCGUUUAUGUGUUAGUCUAUCAGUUUAUAUGCCACGAUGUCCUAACCCAUGUGUUUUGUAUUACGCUAAAUGGAAGUUUAAAGUCAUACAACAGCCGCAACUGAGCAGUUACAGAAUGUGUUAAAAAACAUUGUUAUGAACACUUACUUUGAUCAUCAUGCUAUAGUCCAGUAAGAGGGAUAGCGUGCUUGAUAUGUACAAAUCAAUUUAAUUGCUAAAUAGGCCAAGUUUUUUAAACUUGUAAUAGACGUGACAGUGGACUGUUGGGAAUCCCUUUAAAAAAGCGUGUGCCUUCCUGUGAGUCUUCCUGCGACAGUGCAUGUGCCAGGUUUAGCUAGAUUAGACUGAUUCUGAUGUGGCUGUAAUAAGUACAGUAAAUCACCCAUGACUACUGUAGCAUAUAGAAUAUAUAGAAACCUUGGAUCAUAUAACAUAUGAGGGCUGUGACAUUUUCUCUGAGGUUUGUUUGCAAAAUCUGUUCUCUGUAACUGAAAUCUACACUGUACACAGGAUUGGUUUUAAGAAGUAAGGUUUAUAUUUUUCUAAAUAAGAAACAAAAUUUAAAAAAAAAAGGCAAACGAGACUGGCAUAAAUGCAGAAAACAGGAGUGUGGGUUUGAAGAUUGUAAAAGCUUUUUUUUUUGCAAAAUCUACUUUUUAUAACUGAAAUCUACACUUUACACUGCAUCGGUUUUAAGAAGAGGUUUAUUUCUUUCUAUAAAGGAAAAGUGCAGCAAGAGACCAGCAUAAAUGCAGAAAACAGGAGUGCUGGUUUGAAGAUUGUAAAAGCUUGUUUGCAAAAUCUACUUUUUGUAACUGAAUUCUACACUUUAUACUGGAUCAGUUUUGAGAAUGAAAGUUUAUCUUUUUCUAAGUAAGAAGCAAAAGAAAAAAAAGGGGGAGGGUGGGGGGUGGGGAAAGAGACCAACAUACAGUACAGUACAUGCAGAAAAUAAGAGUGUGGGUUCAAAGAUUGUAAAAGCUACUGUAAAUAUCUUUCUGAUAAAAAUAUUUUUUGGGGAAAAAC